AGCCUUCAGAGGCAGAAGCAACUCACUGUAAAGUUGAAAAAUAUUAAACUUUUAAAUAAGAACCACAACUACCGGAUACACUCGAGAAGAUUAAAGGACUAGCUUUUGGUAGUCUUAAAACUUUUAUUUUUUUUCUUCUAACCGGAACAAAGGACUCGCCGCUUCAAAGAUUACUUUGGGGGAAAGCUUUUUUCACAACAACCUAAACUUCUGUUUUCCUGUCGAACAAGCUUUAUGUAUUUGGAUUUAACAUUUCUAUCCCGCCGUCCUACUAUGGUCAUUAUGGAGGUCCCCACCAUCGACUGUGCGUCUCUCCGUGGUUUGUUGGAGGGCGACGGCCCGAGCUGCGUGGUGCUGGACUGCCGGUCCUUCCUGUCCUUCAACUCGUCCCACAUAUCGGGCUCUACCAACGUGCGCUUCAGCACCAUAGUGCGCAGGAGAGCCAGGGGUGGUCUAGGACUUGAACACAUUGUCCCCAAUGGGGACACCAGGAACCGGCUCCUGUCCGGGGAGUACCAGUCAGUCGUGCUGCUUGACGAGCGCAGUUUGGACUUAAACCAGGCGAAGAAAGACGGCACAUUGAUGCUUGCUGUUACGGCUCUGCGUCGCGAUCCCUGUGGAGCCAGGGUUUUAAUUCUCGAAGGCGGUUUUGAGACGUUUUCCACAGAGUAUCCAGAGACAUGUACCAAACCCUCCCCACCACAAGGGCUUAGUUUGCCCCUGAGCUCCAGCCAUCCUGGGAGUGCAGACCCAAGCUGCAGUCCAUGCAAUACUCCUUUAUAUGAUCAGGGGGGUCCAGUGGAGAUCUUGCCUUUCCUGUACCUUGGCAGUGCUUACCACGCUUCAAGAAAAGACAUGUUAGACCUGCUGGGGAUCACUGCUCUGAUCAACGUCUCUGCUAACUGCCCCAACCACUUUGUGGACUCCUUCCUCUACAAGAGCAUCCCCGUCGAGGACAACCACAAAGCUGAUAUCAGCUCCUGGUUCAACGAGGCAAUUGAGUUUAUUGACUCGGUGAGGAAUAAAGGAGGCCGUGUGUUUGUCCACUGUCAAGCAGGCAUCUCCCGCUCUGCCACCAUUUGCCUUGCAUAUCUCAUGAGGACAAACCGAGUGAAGCUGGAUGAGGCCUUUGAGUUUGUCAAACAGCGCCGCAGCAUCAUCUCCCCCAAUUUCAGCUUCAUGGGUCAGCUCCUCCAGUUUGAGUCCCAAGUCCUGGCCUCGUCUACCUGCUCCUCAGAGGCGGGCAGUCCGGCCAUCGGCAACAACAGCACAGUCUUCAACUUCCCUGUCUCCAUCCCUGUACACACCUCAGCUGGUCAGCUCUCGUUCCUCCACAGUCCCAUCACCACCUCUCCCAGCUGCUGAGGAAGAACAGACUUUGUUUGGACUUGAACUGCAACUCACAAGUGACUCUGCAGAGAGCACUGAAAAACACAAUCCUGACUAUAAUCCAUUUUAUGGCGAUACUGGUAUUGCUGGACAGAAUGGAACAAGUAUUUGGGGUCAGUUCAUCUGACUCUGUGAUCUGCUGGUCAAAUCUCUUUAGGUUGGCCUUAUCAUUUCAAAGGGAGAUAUAACUACCAUCAGGCAGUAUUCAUGUUGUACCUCCUAAAUGUGAAGGUCAUCCACAGUUUUAAUCCUAGAUGACUUGGGAAAUGGCUGAAAAAGGUUGUUGAGAUUAUUCCUGUAAAGGAAGUUAGAAGUAUCUGAAUAUUCUUUAUUCAAAAGACUGAUUUUUAAUUAAAUUUUCCAUGAAGGCAACUGCUUUUGAUAAUCAACAAUUUAAGCAAACAAAAUGGAGAGGGCUAAAAGUUUUCUCAGGAACGUUGACUUGUCCUCUCAAAUGUCUAAUGUUGCUUUCUGUAUGGUUAAAGAAGGUAAUGUAAACCCAUUUGCCCAGCAUGGCAAUGGAGUUUACUUCUUUAUUUGACGAACAAUGAAUGUAUCCCCCUUCAUGAAGCUACAUGCUCAGUUUGAGAAUGGGUUGCCAAUCCAAAUGGAAAUACCUGCCUUUCAAGAGAUCAUGAAAACUUGACGAUCCUGACGCUUUUGGGUCAAUGGACCAUUAAAUACCUCAUGUUUCUGUACCAUGUACUGCAGCGCUGAGAUGGACAGAACCCCAAAGCUACUAAAAUGGGGACACGUAGUCUUCAGGCUGCAUUCUGAUAUAUUUAUUGAACUAAAGUAAUAUAUUUCUAUUUUUGCAUAUGUUUGUUUUAAAUGUUGUUUUUAUACUGUUUAAUAAAUCUCAUUUGACUUUUGUACACA